UGAUCACCGCCAACAACGGAGACCAGGGAAGACAUCAAGAGGUUGGGCACAAGAGCCUUCUCCAAAGCGAUGCUCUUUAUCAGUACAUUUUGGAGACGAGCGUGUACCCCCGUGAGCCCGAGUGCAUGAAGGAGCUCAGGGAGGUCACAUCAAAGCACCCAUGGAACAUCAUGACGACGUCGGCCGACGAGGGCCAGUUCUUGAACAUGCUGUUGAAGCUCAUCAACGCCAAGAACACCAUGGAGAUCGGCGUCUACACCGGGUACUCUCUGCUCGCGACGGCCCUCGCCAUCCCUGACGACGGCAAGAUAUUGGCGAUGGAUAUCAACAGGGAGAACUACGAGCUUGGCCUCCCUGUGAUUGAGAAGGCCGGGGUUGCGCACAAGAUUGACUUCCGUGAGGGCCCGGCUCUGCCCGUCCUCGACCAAAUGAUGGAGGACGUAAGAAAUUACCUGAAUUUUUUUUUGUUGUUGUUGUCAUUAGUUAAUCAUUUCUUAAAACAGAUUUGAGUGUUUUUUGUUCUUAAAACUGAACCAAUCCUGUACCGUUUAGAAAAGAGAAUGUUUGAUAAGGUCCAAAUAAUUAAAAUGUCCCUUUCUUUUUAAUUAAUGAUAACAAAAAUUAAAUGUCACGGCACUAACCAACCACACACAAAA